GCUUCAGUCCGCUCCAAACUCCCAGACGCAGUUAGCGGAUCCUACGGUUGUUAUCAUGGACCGGGCUGUCCCUCCGCUCGCUUUCCCCCAACUGUUUCCAGCCAGAAACGGACAAACGAUGUGUGAAAAUGUCUCCACUUCUUCAUUUUCUUUUCUUUUCUGCUCGACAUUCACGUCGGUUUGGAUUUUAUCUUGAAGAAAACUGAGCUGGAAGUUUGAAAGCUAACGUGUGUGUGUGUGAUUGGGAAUAUAACGUUAGUUCAUCUCAUUAUCAAGCUAACAUUUUUAAAUAACGUUCACAGCUGUUGUCUAAUGGAUGCAGAGAUACUGCUGGGGUAUUUACACACCUUUUUGUGAUUUUUAAGGGUUUGUUAUUUUUAUUUUUUGGAGCUGGAAGUGAUACUAUUCUCGUCCCGACACAUUUUUAAUUUUUAACAGUUAGCUAGCUGCGAAGAAUGCUAUUUUCUGAUCAUUUCAACUGCUCUAGUUGUGUUGUUUUGUUUACGUGAAUUGAAAACAACAAUGAUUUCGGAGGAGAGAAGCAGCCACGUAAAUAAACAAGCCCUAAACUUCCCUGUGGGUUUACUGAUCCGCUCUCCAAAGAAGCGCCUCGCCAAACUGGGGAGGAAACCCAGCAAUGGAUCUGUCCAGUCCAACAACUCUGACAGCACCGUCCGCUGCACAGAGAGCGUGGGUGUCCGGCAGCCGGCCAAGAGCAAAAUCCGCCGCCACAAUAACAGGCUUUCAACUGCUUUCAACCACAGCCCCAACCUGCGGGACGGUGGACGCCGCGGCCAGGCGUUGGGCAGCGGUAACCUCCAGGCUGCAGACGACCCAGCAGAGCUGUCCAGUCAAAUGUCUAUCCCAGGCAUCCUUAAGAUCUUCGGCAGCGACAUCUGUCAGGGGACCAACUAUAAGAGUGUACUGGCCACCACACAGUCCAGUGCGAAGGAACUGGUAAAGGAGGCCUUGGAGAGGUACUGCCUGGAAAAAGAAGACCCCAACGAUUAUGUGCUCUGUGAUGUGAUUGGCCAGACAGGCACAGAUAACCAGUGGAAGAGGGAGUGUUUCCGGGUGGUGGGGGACAACGAGAAGCCCCUCAUGCUGCAGUCACUUUGGAAACCAAAGGAAGGCUUCUCCAGGCGUUUUGAAAUCCAGCUGAGAGCGAGCGUUGAAGAGCAAAGUUUAAAGGACAGAGACACAGUCACAGCAGGCAUCAAUGCUCAGGCUCGUAAGCUGCAGAAGAGCCGCUCCAGAGUGACCUCGCUGUUUGUGGAUGGCAGCGGGGAGGAUGUGGACGGACUCGGCAUCUGGAGAAGUUUGAGUGAGAUGGAUCUGUCCGCGAUGGAGAAGGAGGCCAGCCGAGCCCGGCAGAGCGCGCUCAGGGAGGAUCCCGAGGCUGAGGCUGACAAGGAGGUCCUGCGGCUCGGCAUGGAGAAGGAGGAGACGGAGAGCAGCGACGACAACACCACCCAGUACUCCAUUCACCCGCCCUUCGACUUCCCGUACUUCCUCCUGCUGCAGGGCUAUAGCCACAGACAGGACUUUGUGAUCUACCUGAUGAGCGGGACCACCACCAUCUUUGGCUGCUGCAGGGAACACUGCAACGGGGACGAUGAGGACAGAUUAAAGGUCGACAUCCUUCUCUUCGCUCCUGACGUGUUGCCCCAGCACUGCUGUGUCAGACGCCUGGACUCUAACAUCCCAACAUCCACAGGGGAGCACAGAAAGUCAUUGACAAUGCUGAAGCCCCUCCAUGGUGCUUCUGUGACCAGAAAUGGUUUCAUCCUUAAAGAGGAGGUGGAACUGAACCCAGGGGACUUGGUGGGCUUGGGCAAACACUACCUGUUCUUGUUUAAGGAUCCUACCAGCACAUCAGGAUCCCUCCAGACUCCUCCUUGGAUGACCAGACUCUGCCCAAACUCUGAUACAAAGCCCUCACCCUCUUGUUUAUCAUGUGGAUCCUCUAUCGCCAUGAAAAGGUUCCAGAGGAAGCCUUUACCGCCUCGUUGGAGGGACCUGGAAGGCACAGAGGCUUUGGUAAACUAUGAGCUGGAGCAGGAGGAGAGGGUCCUGCAGGAGAUUUUGGAUAUGUUGGACCCCAGUGGAAAUGAACCAAAGCUGACGCCUGCUUUCCUGCUGAGCCUCUGCAUCCAGCACUCAGCCUCCACGUUCCAGUUGACACACUUCAGACAGCUGCUGCUCCGGAUAGCCAGCCAGAUCCAGCUUGUUAUGUGGGAGAAGACAAAGGAACUUGCAGCAAUCCAGACAGAAACGAGCAGCAGUGACGGGAAGCCUGACUAUCUUCAGCUGCUCAGCAUGGAGGAGCUGAUCCCAGGUCUGCAGCCUCUGGUGCUGUGGAUGGCCAACUCCAUCGAGCUGCUGCACUUCAUCCAGCAUGAAGUCCCUCAGCUGCUGCCCUGGAGGAAGAACCAGGAGGACGAAGGUCUGCUGGACUCUGAGAUGUCGUCCACUCGGAUAGCCUGUGAGGAAGCCAUGACAGUCCUGGAGGAAGGCAUCAUGUUCACCUUCCAGCAGUCCGUCUACUAUCUAACAAAGAGUAUGUAUUCAGCCUUGCCUGGUCUGCUGGAUGGGAACCCGUUUUCAGAGAGCGGUCAGCUGCGGGUGCCUGACGGGCUCAGCGGCAUCCUGGAGGUGCUGAAAGAGGCACUGAAGCUUCUCACAGCCUUCCAGGUCCAUCCAGACAUCUCAUUACAACUCUGUGCCUACCUGUUCUUCUUCAUCAACGCGUCGCUGUUCAACACCCUCAUGGAGAGAGGAUCUGAUGCAGGGUUCUACCAGUGGUCCCGAGGUGUUCAGAUCCGAGCCAACUUGGACCUGCUGAUGGACUGGAUCCAGAGCAUCGGUCUAGGCGAUCUGGCCACUGAGUUCUUCCAGAAGCUUUCUGCUGCUGUCAAUCUGCUGGCCACACCCAAAGAAACCCUCCUGCAGGCGUCCUGGGCUUCUCUCAGGACUGAGUUUGCUGCCCUGAACCCUGCUCAGCUUCACCACAUGCUGAGGGAGUACAACUCUGGGAAAGCCUGUCCCACCGGAUGGACCCCAUCACCGGAAGAUGUGGAGGACACUGUCAGGACAGCCGCUAUCCUGGAGAGCUUCGACAACCACCCGCCGCUCAUCCUGCCAAGCAGCACCUUUCACCUGGAGCUGGGUAAACCUAUCGUGGAGCCUGCUCUGUUUGAACAGCUCAGUCGUCUACAGGAGUUCAUACGCCAGCUCCCCCGCAGUGAAACCCAAGAGCCUGAUGUGGAGAAACAGACUCGGGUCCUCAAGGGGACGACCACAGACAGCCAGUCUACAACCUCACCCUCCAUCAGAGUGUUCCAGGAUCCUGCCCGUCAGGUGGUCUCUAACCCGGUUAACAGCACAUCCCCUAAGGCAGACCUGGACCGUACCUUCACCACAGAGCCAACUCAGGCCCUGGGAUCUCAUGGUGACCUGAGCAGCUGUGAGGCAGUCCUGACCCAGAAGCUGAAGAGCCUGGAGCUGCAGAACACCCUCCCAGGACAGGCCGACCUGGGCUGCCACAAGAGCCUGGCACUGGACCCGUCCUGCCUGCUGACACCACCCAACACCCCACAGGGUAUGGAGCUGGCUGAGCUGGAGGCGGAUCUGCAAGAGGGCGCCCGCCAACAAAAGAAAGCCAGUGGAUAUGCCAAGUGGAAGACAGAGAAUGUGGAAGAAGAAGACGACGACAAAGAGGAAGUGUUCACGGUGGAGCUUCACAGAGGACCUCAUGGUCUCGGACUGGCACUCGUGGAUGGAACGAAGACACAGCUGAGAAUAAGCGGCAUUUAUGUGAAGUCAGUGGUUCCCGACUCUCCUGCCGCUCUGUGUCAGAAACUGAGAACGGGCGAUCGCAUCCUGGCUGUUAACGGCAUCAGCCUGGUUGGGAUGGAAUAUUCCAUUGGUAGAGAACUGAUUCGAUCGUCGGGAGACUGUCUCAAACUGCUGGUGGCCAAGAUCGACUCAAAGACGAGGAACAAGAGCUCGGCUACGACUAAAUGCUGAAGGAGGAGCUGUGGUGGAAGAUAAAGUGCAAUUGGGAUUACUGGAGGACGUUUGGUUCACCCUUCUUGCGGCAUCCAAAGUCAGUAUUUCUCACUGGACAGACCCCCAACCAAAGGAAAACACACUUCCUGCUUCUCAUUUCAGGCUUGUUGUGAAAUAGAGUUGUUUUCGGUGUAAAACAACUCACUAUAUAUGCAUUGAGACAAUCGACCCAAGCAGCAGGACUGACUCCGACACAGACUGUGGGCAUCUGCUGGGUUAGUUUUUAAACGCUCAUUUUGCUGCCCCAGCUUCUUUCUGCCCUAUAAACAAACUCUGCUCAUACACUCAUAAACCAUGAGGGUUUAGUGGUCAAGGAAAAUAACUGUGUCUGAGCACACAGUAUUCUGUCUGAGGAACACCACCGAGCUGCUCUCCAGGACCGAGAACUGAUUCAUGUCUGGCAUUAACUGGAACUAUUUUGAAAUGCAUUUUUAUAAUUAUGGCUAUUUUAAAAACUGUGAAGCCGCAUAUUUUACGCUGCAAAAAAACUCUUACCCAGUCAUUUGGUAGGGAGUCAUAAAAGCAUGUCUUCUUAAGCAGAAUUAUCCCAACUUACUGGGAUAUUUUGUUUUGAAUUUGGACAUAAGACGAGAUGAUCUUUGCAUUUUAGCAGUUUGUCUGUUUCAUCAUGGCCUUUAGAGCAUCGCACAAAGCUUUCCAUCGUAACAUUUCCACUUUCACAUCACAUGAAAGACUAUUCUGUCUUUUACAACAACAGGUAAAAAUGACGGGUAACAAUAAACGUUCAGGUUGAAAGGUUGCCUGCUCCUCUUUUAAGCAGCUGCAAUUAAAAUUUUUAUCAUAACAACGGAUUGUAUGAUUCAAAGUGAAGAGGCUAGAUUAUCAUAUACAUGCUUUACGGAGCUUUAUAGAAAUUUUCAGCUGUCUGAACCACAAAAUUUUGGUUCUCGUUCACUGGUGUGGGCAAAAAAAAAAACUCUAAAAAACCCCUGUACACUACCUGCUCAGCAACAAACAGCAGACAGACACAGUUAAAGACGAGCUGGUGAACAUAGUUUAUCAUUUAGCAGCUAAAGAGCCAGAUAUCCCCCUCAGGAGUUGGUGGACAGCAAAAAGAGAGUCAAUAUUUGACUUAAAUUUAAAGGGGUCACAAACAUAAACUGAAUGCUAAUGUUGCUCUGUAGCUGCUGAGUGAGUAAAGAAGCAGCUGUUUGCUAACAUGUUCAGCAUAUCAACUUAAAGGGUGAUAAUAUGUCAGUGUUGUUUUCACAGCUUGUUUCUGCUGGCCAAAAAACAGGUUUUAAACUCAACUUCAAAAAUACUCCUCUGGAUAAAUAAGCCAAAAAUAUGCUACAACUAAAAUAACUCUCAAAGGUGGGAAAUGAGGCAGUGUCAUAACUUCCUCUGCUUCAGUUUAUCGGCUGUACGUUCACAUCUACAUGCACACGCAUAUGUACAGGAGUUGAAUUAAAGGAAUAGCUUGGCAUUUUGUGAAGUAACUAGGGAGUCAGAUAAGAGGAUUAAUACCGCUCUCUUUAGCAGUCAGUUAGCUUAGCUUAGCAUAAAGACACAGUUAGCCUGGCUCUGUCCAAAGGUAAUAAAAUCCACCUCUAAAGCUCAUUAUUAACACGUUAUGUCUCGUCUUUGUGCUACACUAACCAGCUCCUGGGUGUUGACACGAGAGUGGCGUCAAUCCUCUCAUCUAUCUGCCGACAAGAAAACAAAUAAGUGUUUUUUUACCAAAAUGUUGAACUUUUGCUUUGAAGCCUUACUGUCAGUGGUUUGGGCCCAAAUCAUAAAACAUAGAAAGUUACUGAUCGGAGAGCAGAUGUGUUUAAAUAUGUUUAACACUGUAGGACAACACGCUGCCGCAGCACUCGUCUGAAGCCUGUGUCUUCAUCCCAAAUGUAAACAGUGUUUAACUACAAGUAUAUUGACGCACACAAAGUAUUCAAUUUUGUAAUAUUUAUAUUGCGCAGUAUUUUUGAAACUAUGGAAUAAAUAUUAUUUUGACUUUGAAAAUGUUAA